AUGCUUUCCAAAGUUACUUCCCUAUUUUUCUUGAGCACUAUCCUUGGCUCUGUCUUGGCGGCUCCGAUGCCAAUGGCGACUUUGAGCCAUGACGACCUGGUCAAGCAUCCCGAAUGCGAGGCUAUCUGUGUGCUUGGGUGUAUGUUCAACCCCGCUUGCAUUCUUGCCUGCACCCCUAUCUGUGCUGGAACCGCGGUCGGUGGUGGAGAUGAUGAUGUGAUUGACAUGGACGCUGUGAAUGGGGUUAUUGCUAGCUUCACCGACGCUCCGGCCUGA